GAAUUCUAACCUCAGGUACAUGUGCCUUAUACCUAGUGCAAAAAGUACCGUGAAUAACCUCACAACCUAAUUGUGAAAUCGCAUGGCGAAUGCGUGAAAGUGCACGGCGCAUUCAUUUUUGCGGCGAAUGCAGCUUCUAAAGCGCGGUUUGCACUAUAUCGUGUGUAGAAUAGGGAAGUACCACGUGUCAAGCAACCUUUCACUUAUUAGACCACCUGUCAGAAACGUCGUUACCACCGCCAGCGUAUUCGAUUUCAGCCGGUGGGGCACCAAAAAGGCAAACAGAAAGCUAAAAGUCGCCCUCGUGCUCGAUAUGACGGAUCCUAAAAUCGAGGAAGCCCUGGCGCCACUUCGCGCGAGCGUCAAGGAACAAGGUGAUUAUGUACGGAAGUUGAAAUCUGAUGGCGCUCCAGAAUUGGAUGUCAAAAAAGCUGUGGCAGAAUUAAAGUUGCGCAAAAAGAUACUAGAAGAUAAGGAACUGUCUCUAGCUUCCAACAAUAUUGCAUUUGAUAGGGCAAGGAUGGAGGAUCUUUUAAAACGUAGAUUUUACUUAGAUCAAUCUUUUGCUAUUUAUGGAGGUAUCACUGGUCAGUAUGAUUUUGGACCUAUGGGUUGCUCGCUGAAAACAAAUUUGAUAAAUGCUUGGAGAAAUUUCUUUGUGUUGGAGGAGCAGAUGCUGGAGGUUGAUUGUUCCAUUCUGACACCUGAAUCAGUGCUGAAGGCAUCUGGCCAUGUAGAACGGUUUGCCGAUCUAAUGGUAAAGGACGUAAAAACUGGUGAGUGCUUUCGAUUGGAUCACUUGAUCAAGGCGAAUCUGGAGAAGGUAAUUUGCGAUAAGAAAACGGAUGAGAAGACACGUGAGGAAUGUAGAGAUAUCAUUAUUAAACUCGAUGGCAUGACAAAGGAUGAAAUGGCUGCUAUUCUAUUAAAAUAUAAUAUAAAAUCACCAAUAUCUGGUAACGACUUAACAGAACCAAUAGAAUUCAAUCUGAUGUUUGGUACUCAAAUCGGACCGACUGGACUCGUUAAAGGUUUCUUGAGACCGGAAACGGCUCAAGGUAUCUUUGUGAAUUUCAAGAGAUUGCUGGCAUUCAAUCAAGAGCGAUUACCAUUCGCUGCAGCGCAGAUCGGCAAUGCUUUCAGGAACGAGAUUUCACCGCGAUCUGGUCUCAUACGCGUUCGAGAAUUCACUAUGGCGGAGAUCGAGCACUUUUGUGACCCGAAUGAUAAAAGUCAUCCCAAGUUCGAGACAGUCAAGGAUAUAAGCAUGCUGUUGUACUCGGCUUGCAAUCAGAUGGAUGGCAAGAGCGCGCAACACGUCACUAUAGGCGAGGCUGUCUCAUCUGGUUUAAUAGCUAAUGAAACCCUAGGUUACUUUAUAGCUAGGAUUUAUCAAUUCCUGUUGAAGGUCGGCGUCGACCCGAAUCGCUUACGAUUCCGUCAGCAUAUGAGCAAUGAAAUGGCACAUUACGCUUGUGACUGCUGGGACGCUGAAUGUCUAACUUCAUACGGAUGGAUAGAGUGUGUAGGAUGUGCCGAUCGAUCUGCUUACGAUUUAACACAACACACUAAGGCUACCGGUGUGAAACUGGUAGCGGAGAAGAAAUUGCCUGCUCCCAAAACGGUGGACGUUUGUGAGAUCGUACCAAACAAGGUACUGAUCGGUAAAACUUUCAAGAAGGACAGUAAAGCUGUUCAGGACGCGUUAGCAGCAUUAAGUGAAAACGAGAUCGUGGCCUUGGAAAGAGCUCUCAAAGAAAAUGCAGAAAACGAGUUGACACUGUCUAAUAAUACUGUCGUACGGAUUAUCGCAGACAUGAUAGAAGUAAAGCGUUAUCAAAAGACGGUUCAUGUAGAAGAGAUUAUACCCUCGGUGAUCGAGCCUUCUUUUGGUAUUGGUCGCAUCAUGUACACCUUGUUUGAGCAUAACUUCAAAGCAAGAGAAGGUGAUGAAAAGAGGACGUAUUUUACUCUGCCACCGGUAGUAGCACCAUUGAAGUGUUCGGUAUUGCCACUCAGUGGUAAUGACGAAUUCGUGCCGUUCGUAAAAAAAUUAUCGCAAGAUCUUACAAAAGUAGAUGUCUCGCACAAAGUGGAUGAUUCUUCUGGUAGCAUAGGACGUAGAUAUGCUCGUACUGAUGAAAUAGCGAUACCAUUUGGCAUUACUAUUGAUUUUGACACCUUAAAGAUACCGCACAGUGCAACACUCAGAGACAGAGACAGCAUGGGACAAGUUCGGAUAUACUUAGAUGAGUUGCCUGGUGUUGUGAGAGAUCUUUCUUAUGGAAGGACUACUUGGACAGAAGUGGAAGCAAAAUAUCCCAAGUUUGAACAACAAGAAUCAACAGAAUCAUAAAGAACAUAGGAUUCAUAAUAAUUUAUUUAUAUUAUAUAAAAGUUUAUAUAGACAUCGCAAAUAUAUGAAAAUAUUUGAUACAUUCAGCAUUUUGAGAUGCUUAUCAGUAAAUAUACUGCUAAUUUUUGAAAGA